AACUCCUCAGUCUCGUUGGUUGAAGAGGCCCUUUAAUGAAAAAAAAAGAGAAAAUACAAAUCUGAACGGAUUAGGCCGUUUAUGCAAAAGAAUCCUUUUGCUAUAACAUUAAAUUUUUCUCUUUCUCUUGCAAGGGUAAGAUCGAACGUUGUUAAUACAAACGACGCGAAUGUGACGUUUGUCCUUUAGAUUUCGCGGUUUUUUCCCUCUCUCAGAAAAAACAUCAAACAAAAUCUGGGGAUAUGGUAGACUUUGUUUACAAUCUCCAUGGCGUACAAUUGUAGAGAAGUGGAAGCAACACUCGGUGACGUUUGCAGUUGUAGGCAAAGCUGACCCUUGCGAAAUAGACGGUUUGACCCCUUUCAAGCUAAGGCACAGAUAUGUAUUACCAGUCUAACUACCCAGCCUAUUACGCUGGAGCAGGCUCAUACCCCCCUCCCCAGUAUCCCAACUCUGGCCCUCCUCCGCCACCCAUGGCCAUGAAUGCACACAGUGCCUACAAUGUCAACCAAUACCAGAUGGGAGGCUACCACCAGCCUCCAGGCUAUGUACCAGGCUACGGAAUGCCCGCUGUCCAGCAGAUGCACCAGCAAUCUAUGCAGAUGCCACAGCAGCCACCUCAGAUCAUGGAAAUGCCAACUACGGCUUACCUCAAGACUGUGGAGAACAGGCAGAUGGAGAGGCAAAUGGAAAGGCAAAUGGAAUUAAUGGAGAAAAUGGAGGACAUGGUCCGCAGUGGCCAGGAUAUUCACAGUCAGAAACCGGAGGAGAUCAUUGAAAAGGCAGAAAAUCCAAUCAAGCCGGUUCAGGCCACAGAUGUGGCUAUGUCAGACCAGCAGAUACAAGCAGCUGUCAAAGAGGAAAUGAAGCGUGUAUAUGUUGCGGAGCUGAUGCGACGCCAGUGUGUCUCUGGUACGUUUGAGGUCACCGAGGGCACCGUGAAGCCUUUCAAGGUCUAUGUAGAGGGGGACCCUGUGGCGGACUGGAAAGAAAAGAAGCAGAGCAUGAACAUCAGAGGCAAGCCGUGGGACCCAGAGUAUGAUUGUGAAUACCUUCGAGAUGCAAUGAAAGGCUUGGGCACCAAUGAUGAUGCAGUCAUCCAUAUUGUGUCCAGCAGAUGUAACCAGCAGAGACAGGAAUUAAAGGAAAUCUUCAAAACUAUGUAUGGACGAGACCUGAUAACUGAUCUGAAAUCGGAGCUCAGUGGAGACUACAAGGAGCUUGUGAUGGCUUUGUUUGUGCCCCCUGCAGAGUAUGACGCGUGGUGCAUCAAGGAGGCCAUCUAUGGCCUGGGCACAGAUGAGCAGGCCUUGGUGGAGAUCUUGAUGACUCGAACCAAUGAGCAGAUCAAAGAAAUCAAAACUGCUUACCCCAAUGUUGUACAUAAGAAGCGCACAGCCAAGAGCACGCAGUUUGAAAAGGACAUCAAAGAUGACACCAGUGGAGACUUCAAGCGCCUGCUACUGUCAGCAUCCACAGGUCGAAGGUACGAGAUUUCCCAGCAGAGACUGGAACAAGCUGUGGAAGAAAUGGUCAACCCACAGGACGGGGAGUUCACUGGCAUGUUUGAAGUGAAUUCCACAAAACUGUGUGACAUGGAGAAGGCUCGGCAGGAGGCACAACAACUAUACAAGGCUGGUGAGAAACGCUGGGGAACUGACGAGGAAACGUUUAACCGCAUCUUCUCCACACGAGACUACUAUCAGCUGAGGGCAACUUGGGAUGAGUACGUCAAGAUCACCCAAAGAGACAUUCUGAACAGUGUGGACAGGGAGACUUCGGGGAAUUUCCGUACUGGCCUCAGAGCUUUAGUCAUGAACAUCCGUAGUCGCCCGAUGUUCUUCGCUGAAAAACUUCGGGACUCGAUGAAGGGACUUGGAACUGAUGAGAGAACACUUAUACGAAUCAUAGUCUCCCGAUCUGAGAUCGACAUGGUUCAGAUCAAAGAGUGUUUCCUCAAGCUGACCAAAAAGACCCUGUGGCGAUGGCUCAAGGAAGAUUGCAGCUUUAACUUCAAGCAUCUCCUGCAGGCCAUUGUUGGCAAGAACUGAAAAUGAUGAAAAACACCAUAGACUAUAGCGUAGUGUAACUGUUAUGCUUGUUCUGCGCUAAAUUCACAAAGCUCUCUUUUUUUAUGUCUUAUGCCAAUCCCGGGGGGGGGGGGGGGGGGGGGGGAGAGACAGGGAGCAAAUGGUUGGGUUCUCUUGUCAAAAUUUUGAUAUUUUCCUCAUUUUUUGUGUGUGAUCACCAUACUAACACUUAAAAAAACAAACACUGCUUUGUUGAAGAAAAUUAAACAUUGAAAUAUUAAUUAAAGAUUGUUGUAGAAAGUUUUUAACUUGGUUGUGUGGUUCAGGAUAGCAUAUUCCAUAGUGACCAGAAGGAAUGGCUUGUCAGGGAUUGGUCGAAGAGAUUACAUCACACUUUAAUGUAUGUGUAGAGACAGACACGUAUGGUAUAUUUGUGCCGACCACAGACAGUGUCUGCUCCAAAUAUUACUCAUUAUUCAUUUAAUCUUUAGAAAUUGCUCCAAAAUCAUAUAAUGUAUAACCACAAUGCUUAUUCUUAAAUAGGAGAAAAAAAAAGGGGAUACAUUCUUUUACUUUACUUUCACUUUUUUUACUGCUUUUUCUGACUUGUCACUAUCUCUGAGUCGCCAUGAAACAUGGGUUACUAUUUUCCAGUGAAUGAUGCAAUUGAGCAACAAAGCAAGUUCAUUAUGUUCUAUGUUGCCAAAAAGGAAUAUUUGUGACGAUCAGAUAUCAUAAAAGUAUUAACAUGUCACCGCUGCUGUUGAAGUUAAAGUUGUGUCUAGAAAAGUUCUUACUUGAUUUCAAUGUUUGUUUCUUCUCAAUACAUAUAAUCUCAGGCCACAAAAGAUUUUUUUCUUCUUUACUACAUUUGGAAAAAUCACUUUAAUUUUAUACAUGGUAAUCUUUUCUGAUUCAACCAUUGCUGUACAAUAUUUAUUGAUUGAUUGUUAGGGGUUGAUUUAUUUUGGUCCGUUUUGGGGGGAGAAUUUUGCUAAUGAAAUAUCAUUUUAAAUUGCACUUUACAGAUUACUGCUUCUUUUCACUGCUGAUAUUAUUUGUAACGAUAUUUUUUGUUUGCUAUAAUGCACACUUUGUUCCUUCAAUACACUCUUGAUGUGCAAUUGUCAAACUUUGCAUACUGGUACUACAACUUACAAUACGCUGUUAUUAUGAGAACAAGGGCAUAAUUUCACAAUUGGAAAGAUGAUUGGUAUUAUAUUGUAAAAAGAAAAACAUAGACGCAUUAAAAAUUCUUUUUAUUAUUAAAGCAAAAAUCUAGAACAAAAAGUAAAGACCUGUUCUAGGCAGGCGUUUCUGAAUGUGAAGAUUUAAAUAUUCACAUCCAUCAAAAGCUACAUGCAUUCAAACAAGUUUGGUUCUGGUAAAUAUUAGCACUCCUGUAGUAGUUUUUCGAAUUGAUUGUUGUAAUGAUUUAUUUGAAUAUAUACGUACGUAUACUUAGUUUUAUGUCAACACCCUUCACAUUUUAUGUGAAAAGUUUUUUCCCCCUCUUUGUACAAACACCUCUUUAUUAACUUUAACUCUAAAGCUGUCAGUGUAGUCGGUAUAUUCUUACAAGUCUUACAGGGCUUUCCUUUAGAGCUCCUUUUCAACCCUUUUUAUCACUGCUGAGCACUCUUAUACUUUUUUUCUUCUGUUUUAUUUUGAAUAAAAUUCUGUUGAUUAUUUUGUUUUAUAAAUGAGAUCACACCAUGUUACCAUUGCCAAGUUUUUCAAUGUACCGGUAGUACUUUUGUACUGUACUUUUCUAGUUGUAUUUCAGCUGAAUACUUAUUUGCAUUUUUCUUUGAUGUUAUUAUAUUUAGAGGUCAACUGAAUGGCAGAGGUCUCUGAUCUUAUUCUUAGAAAAGUGAAAGAAGAAAAGAAAGAGGAUAAAAAUACAGAAGUUUGGAUCUGGAUCAAGUUAAACCCUUCAUUCCAAAAAGUGCUCAAUAAUCCCACCAAUUGGUCUGAGACAGCCUCAGGGCUAGGGCACACCAUCAUUAGAUAAGAUGGUAUAAUAUUGGGCUCUGGUACAGCUGACCUUUGAUCAAAUAAAGACUAA